AUGAGGCGAAGGCUGUGGGUGCCACUGUGCUCGCCGCAGUGGGCAGGACGCUGCAGAGGCGUCAAUUUUAUUGCCGAUGCGCCCGACUCCGCGGAGGAAUGCGAGGGGGCUGGGGAUGUGGCGUUGCAGCGGCUUGUCCACUCACUUGGGUUUGAACUGAGGGACAUGGACCAACUUGUCCGCAGCCUCGCCACGGGUGAAAAGCCGCCAGCAGGUGCCUCAGAAAAAAACAGUUCAACACCGCGUACCCGGCUUGCAGACGCGUGCAUGAAGCUCCCUGUGCUUCUGCCGCUCUUUUGUAAAGUGGCAAUCGGGCGCCAAGGUUUGAGCGCCCCCUCCGCGAGCGAUGGAACCGCAGCGGGCAGCCUGAUGAACAGGGAGAGCGGGAAUUGCGAGGUGGCGGCCCUGCUCCACCGCUGUGCCCUCCGCACCGAAGCGAACCUGCAUACUCGGCAGGUGAAACACCUCUCUGAAAUUGAGUUACGCGGCGGGGCACUCGCCACAUUGUCCCUGGCGCUUUGGGAGUCCUUGCGCGUGCUUCGUCGAGAGGGCAAACGCCGUUGGCGGGACCUUGGCGAGGGUGGUACGGCCGAGACAAAUCAGCUUCACGCUUGGCGCUACGACGGGCUCAAAAUGCACGUGGAGGCCUUUGCCUCUCUCGAUGACACCUGCCGUUCCGUGUUUGGCAUGACUGUAGAGGCUGGGCCCGGUAAGCCAGGCGAUGCGGCGUGUCGGCAGACGUUAUGUCUGUGCGCCACGACGGUCAUUUCAAUGACGGUUUCGGUUGCGGAUGAGCUGCAUUGGCACUUUUCGAGGCCUUCUGUGAGGCAGCGUGGCGGUAAAGAAGUGCUUUUGCUUGAGCGCCGCGUAAACGACUGCGUCGCAUCUAUAUGGAGCGCGGCCCACGCCUUCUUGGCAGGCGUGGUUGAGGGAGCAACACCCUUCGCAGAAGGCGCAGAACAUGUUUCGCAGCUUUCCCCUGUCCUUUUCGCUGUUGAAUGUCUUCUUGCAGUCAUGGAGGGCAGCUCGAACCUUCCUUGCAGCGGGGAGGUGCCCGAUGGUGGAUGUGCCUUCGCCCCAAUGGUCAUGUGGCUCUUGCUGACGGCCUCCUCACUUCCUCACGCGCCCCCAUUGAAGUUGGAGCGGCGCUUCGUUUCGUGUCUGCAACAACUUUGGCAGAAGAUGGCGCCUCCGCUGGAGCGCAGCUCAAACGACAAGGUGAUGACGCACCGCACGGUACAUGCCUCGCUCAACCUUCGCUACGCCCACUUGAGAGGCGAGCUGCAAGUGGGUGAAGGCGACAAGUUUUUUGAGUUAAACCCGGAGAAGUCCUUGCUGCUUCUUCGCUUGCUGGAGCGUAUUGUAAGCAAGUUUGCUGCCUGGCAAGGAAACGGGGCUACAGCAACGGCUUCAAUGGUGAUGCCUCAUGCUGUCUUGUGCCGCACUGUAUUGGAGAUGGAGGUAGAAAUCUACUUUGCUGCGUGUAAAAAGACGGGCCGGGAACUGACAAUCCCAACGGAUAUUUCUCGCGCAGGAGUGGGUGCCCGAAGAGCGGGCGCAGCAGCGGAUGUGCAGUGGGAGGCGGUGCUGCAGGCUGCGUCCUCCUUGCGUGUUGCGGUGAGUUCUCUCGUGCACACGUACCUACGAAUGUAUGCGUCGCACGAUACGUCUGCGGUCACACAAGUCUAUGAGGAAAAGGGUGACGUUUCAUUUAUUGAGUGCUCUGUGUAUCGGUUUGUGCGUGGCAUAUCAACCUCCUUCUUUCCACUGCUUCGCCGCCACUACAUUGACAGCGCAGGAACGGCGGUGCUGACGAGCUCGCUUCAUUGCUUUCUGGCACUCAAGCAGGUGAGUGACCUCAUGGACGGUGACGGGGAGGAGCGGCGCCGCGGAGUAAAGUCGGCGUUUCGUGUGUGUGGAGUGAGCCUUUCACAGGCGACGGAGGUGGCGUUUUUUCUCUCGCUGUAUCGUCGUGAUCACCAAUCGCUGCUUGGUGGUGGGCUGGGCGGCUCUGUCGAUGCGAUUGACGGCUCAGUGGUGUCCUCCUACGUCAAGGAGGUUCUGUUUGCUCUGGAUCACAACACAGCGAAGCAGUUGUGGCAUCUGCGCAGCAAAAAAGUGCUGCGGUGCUUUACGGGCAUGUCAUGCGCAGGUGAGUUGGCGGACGAACGACAAGAGCGGCGGCAAGCACAAUCGAUUCUAAGCGUUGUUCAUGCCCACGUCUUGCAUCCCUCGUUUUUGUGGAUGCCGCUUUUCCAGCUGCAGGAGAUGGUGUUUGUUUUGUGUCAGAACCGCGAGCUGACAGAGGGGCUGCAGCAGCGGCUAAAGUCUUCAGACGCCGACGAUGCAGCGGCGUCCGCCCUUGUUCGCGUGGGUUCCGUGGGCGGGACGCUGCGGCACUUUGGGCGGGCCCUUGGCUACGUCGCAUUGCGCCUGUACGUGGUGACCAACGUCCUCCGCUGCUACCGCGAUGGCUUGCGGAGGGAGGAGCGACCCGCCCGCCUACCGUCUGGCGAGGCCUCGUCACCGGCGAAGCAGCAGCGGGUGUGGGCGCGAAACAUGGCACGCACGCUGCACAAGAGCUUUCCCGGAUUGGCGGCGGAGGUGGAGGGGCUCGACCGCACGCGUCGCACACACCUCAAGCGGGCGAAUCACUGCAUUCUGGCGCGGCUGGAGGCAACCUGUCUGCUUGCAGUGCGCCACAGCCUGCUGUUUCAUGUCAAGAAGCAGCGGAGAAGGCGGAGUGCAAAAAAGACGAUGCAGCGCCUAAUGGACGCCGAUGCCGCCACGGACGGCUCUGUCGGGGCAGCCACGCAAUCAGAGGGAGCGGCCGUAGUGGACACCCUCACAAUUCACGCCAAGCGAUCUAGCGCAACCACACCGCUGGGGUUUUCCCUCUACGGGGAGCGUCCAGCAAUACGCCGACUGUCUGGCUUAGACCACAGGGCCGGCCCCGAUGACGGCUCCACUGGGAAAAACGCGAACGACACUCCGUUUUCGGUGGCGCUUCGGGCAGCGGGGGUUGGGGAGCCUUGCAGCGUUGUUGGCUGGCGUGUUGUACAGAUUGACGGCACCGAGGUGACGAACAGCAGGGACGUCGUCGCACUUCUUAGGGGGAAGCAUGUGUUUUCCAUGACACUCGCUCCUCCUGCGUAA